CGGGCAUGGCGGCGGCGGCGGCCCGCGGCUGCCCCCCGGCGGGCUCCGGGGACCGCGCCCUGGCCGAGCUGCUGCUGGAGUUCUCCCGGGUACAGUACCGCGCCAAGGACGGUGGCGGUGCCGCCGCUGCCAAGGUGGAGCGGAUCGAGCGGCGGUGCCUGGAGCUCUUCGGCCGCGAUUAUCGCUACAGUGUGAUCCCCAACGUGCACGGCGAGGUCUGCGCCCACUACCCGCGGCACAUCGUCCUGCUGGAGCGCGAAGCCGGCGCCGGCCGUGACUCGUAUGAGAGCACUGUGCAGGUUGGCAAACUGCAGGACCUCAUCAACCGGAGUAAGAUGGCCAGGUGUAGAGGACGCUUUGUUUGCCCAGUCAUUCUGUACAAGGGAAAGCAUAUUUGCAGAUCAGCAACACUGGCUGGCUGGGGAGAGCUUUAUGGGCGCACUGGCUACAACUAUAUCUUCUCUGGAGGUUCUGAUGAUGCUUGGGCAGAUGCAGAAGACAUUUCUGAGGAAGACUCUGCGCUUAGAAAUGCAGAUUCCCAGCUGUUUGACAAGGUCAGAGGGCACGACAUCAAGCUGCUUCGAUACCUGUCUGUCCGAUACAUCUGUGACCUGAUGGUGGAAAACAAGAAGGUGAAAUUUGGCUUGAAUGUGACAUCUUCUGAGAAGGUGGACAAAGCUCAACGUUACGCUGAUUUCACGCUUCUCUCCAUCCCAUAUCCAGGCUGUGAAUUUUUUAAGGACUACAAAGACCGAGAUUAUACAGCAGAAGGUCUCAUAUUUAACUGGAAACAGGACUAUGUAGAUGCUCCAUUAAGUAUCCCAGUCUCUCUGACCCAAUCUCUGAAUAUUGAUUGGAGCGAGUACCAGAGCUGGGACCUAGUACAACAGACACAAAACUACCUGAAGCUGCUGAUCUCCAUUAUCAAUAGUGAUGAUGACAGCGGGCUCCUGGUGCACUGUAUAUCUGGCUGGGAUCGUACGCCUCUCUUCAUCUCCUUAUUGCGCCUCUCCUUAUGGGCUGAUGGGCUCAUCCACACGUCCCUGGAGCCGUCUGAGAUUCUCUACCUGACAGUGGCCUAUGACUGGUUUCUCUUUGGGCACAUGUUAGUCGAUCGACUCAGUAAAGGAGAAGAGAUUUUCUUUUUCUGCUUCAAUUUUCUGAAGCACAUCACCUCUGAGGAGUUCUCUGCUCUGAAGUCACAGAGAAGGAAGAGUUUACCACCUGGCUUCACCCUGGAAGAGAUCUGCAUGCUCAAGCAGAAAGACCGAGGUAGCACCACAAGCCUGAGCAGUGACUUCUCCCUGGGGAUGGAAAGUUCCCCUGGAGCAGCUGGGAGCUUUACUUAUGAAGCAGUGGAGCUGAUGCCAGCAGGAGCACAGGCUCAAGCAGCAUGGAGGAAGAGCUGUGCAUCAUCACCGCAGGCCGUGCUCUGGAGCAGAGCACAGCAGUCUGAAGACAGGCUGCCUUCCACAGGGACGGUUGAAGUCAAGUCCUCCAGCUCCUCCUCAUCAACCCAUUCUGAUAACUUCCUGAGGAUUGGAAGCAGCCCACUAGAAGUGCCCAGAUCCAGCUCUCGGCACUUUCUCUGCCUAACGCAUCCACCAGGAUUUGAAAUGGCCAUGGUGUUUGGGGAAGGAAGCUUUUCAAACGAAGCAGGCCUCUGCAUCUAUCCUGUCCGCCUUUUCACCUGCUGACCCUCCUGAUGAUGCAGGGUGGAAAAAACUGGGUGCUGGUGGCAGGCAGAGGUAGGAAUCUGCUGGGAGCAAGCUGCGAGCGCUGUGCCAGCACAAAGGAUUCUGCCUGGAAGGCUGUGUGUUCCUGCUGGGGAAUGGGGACCCUGGACCUGAGCCUGAUCUCACGCCAUAACAAAGGCACCCUUCUGGAGUCUGACACUGCGAUAGGGCAGAGUCGAGCGGUGAGCUGGCCUAGGGAAGAAAGAACAGAGCCUGUGGAGCAAACACCGUGUGUUUAGGCCAACAUGGAAUAAAGAGACUCUGAGAUAAGAGGUUGCUGUUAACAGCUUCAAAUGCUUGUGUAGCCUCUGCAGGUUUUCUGGUGAGUCUUUUUCUAGUGAUUCUGAAUCAGCCACCAGCCAAAUCUGAGUACUCUCUCAUUGUAUGGAAAAUAAGAUGACAAACAAGUAAAGCAUUGAAAAUUUAUAAGA